AAUUUAAUUUUGCGGAUGCGCGAAGCAUCACGAAUAUCAAGUUUAAGAUAUUUCAGACUGCAACAUGCCGAGGACAAAACUAGUGUGUCUCAAUAUUCCUGUGUUUCAAUAUUCACCAUGAAGAAAUUCGUCAUUCUUUUCGCUUUGAUUGCUUUGGCAUGUGCUGUCCCAGUUCCAGAAAGGGAUGAAGUUGAAAGGGAGAAGAAGGAAGAAAUCCUGAUUGUGAGCUCAGACCAACAGACUCACGAAGACGGUUCAUACAACUUCGUCUAUGAAGGAAGCGAUGGAUCAGCUCGGGAGGAAACCGCUGAAGUUUUGAACAAGGAUACUGAUGAAGAGGAACUCGUUAUUACUGGAUCAUAUAAGUACAUCGAUGCUAAUGGUGAUGAGGUUCUUGUCAAUUAUACCGCCGGUAAGAAUGGAUUUGUCCCAGUUGGUACCAUCAUCCAUAAGGAUAUCACUGCUAAUGCUGAAAAAGCUAAGGAUCUUCCCAAUAGACGUCGGGAUGAUAAUGAGCCAGAGGAUGGUUUGAAUGCACCAAGGAAUUAAGUUAUUUAAUUUUAUUUUUUAAGUUUAAGAAGGCGAGGCACAUACUUUAAUAAUAAUAAAAUAAGAGGCGAAAUGAA